AUGUCCUCACGCUCAGGGUCAGCAGUAUCCAGUUCUGUGCCUGCUAGUGACAACAAUACGAGUGAUAGGAGCAAACUGGAUAAAACAGAUGAUUUAAUCGAGGAAAGAGACAGGAAGCUAACUGAACUUUACUGUGUGUCUCGCUUGAAUCAGUUGCUAGAAUUAACAGACGAAAGUAGGCUCCGGAAGGAAAUAGAUGGCUUCUUGAAGAAAAAUGACAUACGAAGGGGUACAAGAUUUGACGACGCACUGCUGCCGAAGUUCCUGCAGUUAGCCGUGACUUCUAAGACAAAGAAAAAAUCUAAGGAAGCGAGUCUGAUCAAUAUAUCUAACCAGACUCCAACUGACUCUAAAAUAGGCACCGAACUGCAGGACAGUGCCGAAAAGAUAGCAGCGAAUCCCGAAAACCAUUAUGUGCCGAACCGCAAUAACUCAAUCCGUGAAAAUAUAAUGGAUUCUUUAACACCUGUUGAUAAAACUGGAGAUAGAUGGAACAAAAGACCGUUUGAGUCACCUAUAGGUAGUGAAGAACAACGGCCUGAAAAAAGGCAAAAGACGCAUUCUCAAUCCUUAGAAUCUUCUAAUGGAUCGGAGAUGGCUUCACUGCCUAUAUCACCACGUCCACCAGUGCCCAGUGCGUUGUCACAUUACGCUUACUAUGAGAACAUAGAAUACCCUCCGGCGGAUCCCACUACUAUCGAACCUACGGAGAAAUUUAAGGAUCCCUUAAUAAAAACCAUCAUGGGAAAAAAGGUAGAGACAUCUGAUCAUUUCAACGAAGAUAAUAUUGACGCAUCAGAGACCGUUUUCUUGUUGAUGAACGAUUACAUGCCAUCAAAAAUACCCCAGGCUCUGCCUUUAGCAGAAUUGAAAUACAUGUCUCAAACGUUGCCACUUAUAAAUCUGAUACCAAGAGCUCACAAGACUUUAACCACUGAUAUAAUAAACAAUGCCUUAAACGAAGCCAGAAUAACGGUCGUGGGUUCAAGGAUAGAGGAAUUAAGAAGACUUGGAUUAUGGUCUUUGAGGCAACCGAAAAGGUUUAUUGAUCCUUGGAAACAAGACAUUUCUCAUCAAAACAUUCUUCUGAAAGAAGCUAAAUGGAUGCAAGCUGAUUUUAAAGAAGGCCAAAAAUACAAAAUGGCCAUGUGUGCCACAAUGGCUCAGGCAGUAAAUGAUUACUGGAAUUACGGUGAAAUAUGUUGUGUGGGGCGUAAAAUAAUAACAAAAGACGAAGGAAUUACACCAUCGAGUGAUGGGUGCAUAGUCGAAUCUUCGAAUAAGCUAUCGGAAAUUUCAACAAAGGAUGCGCAAAUCAGUACACCUGGUAACGAUGGCGCUAACACUUCCACGGAUGCUAACGAUACUGGUUCUAAUGAUCAUGCUGCUGCUGCCGAUGAUGAUAAUGAUGAUGAUAAGGAUGAUAAUAAAAUAAGAUCUAGCAACGAUCUUGAUCUCCGGCAUAGUGGCCCGAUUCAAGUAGGCCACAAUGACCGAGUCGUUCCCUCAAUUGACACCGAACUGCUUUUGAGAAAACCUUCUUCGUUUAACGAGGCUGUUGCUACUCCACAUGAAGCUGCUGCAUUAUCGUUAUCGAUAGGAACAGAAGAACCAAGAAACGCUUUAGCUUCUCCGUUCAAACUCACAAUCUUUGUGAAUGAAUUCAAUGCCUUUGAAAAAACAUUGGUGCAGGAUCUACCUGUAUAUAGUGGUAUUAAUGAUGAGGUGCCCAAUAAAAACGAACCUUUACCAUUUAUUCCCAUCUCUAAAUCAGUCGUGACAUUGGAUGACAAUGGUUUUUAUAAGCUACUUGAACGUCAGUUGAUCGACGAUGAACCGUCAAUAUCUCAAUUGAGCAAAAGGCGCGGUAUGUUUUACGGUAAUAGAAGAAAUCAUUAUUUAAGGCCACCAGCGGUGCCCUCUUUACGCUAUCUUCAGAAUAGAACGCCUACCAUAUGGUUAUCCGAGGAUGACCAGGAACUGGUUAAAAACAUUAACACCUAUGGCUACAACUGGGAAUUGAUUAGCGCACAUAUGACACAUCAUCUUACCUGUUCUUAUCUGUCCAAUAUUGAACGUAGAACACCAUGGCAAUGUUUUGAACGGUUUGUACAGUUGAACGAACGAUUUAAUUUUAGCGAUCUUAAAGGACCUAGAGCACAUGGCGCCCAACAAUGGCUGAUCGAAGCACAUAAAUUUCAACAAAGACAGAAUAGAAGAAUCUCACCUUUAGGUGUAAAUAUGGAAUCCAUACAAAGGGGUCAUAGAAGAUUACGUUGGGCCAGCAUGUUUGAGGCCAUUAGGAAAUGUAUGAAGAAAAGAGAAAAUACACCACGUCCCAAUCCAACUCAACCAAGGAAACCUUUAGACUGUAAAAACAUGAAGGUCCCUACUCCAGCAGAAAUGUCGCUUUUAAAAGCUCAAAGAGACGAAGCAUUGAGAAGAGACAUUCAAUUGAGAAGAACGGUAAAAAACAGAUUACAACAAAGGCAACAACAACAAAGUCUGCAAGCUCGUAAUUCAUCUAGAGCUCAAAGCCCAGUUCCUUCAAAUGGUAACGCAUCAGCGAAUUUGCCUAGAAGUGGUCAAGCAUCAACUCCUAGGCAAAAUCAGAAACAGUAUACUGAGCAAGAUAUUAUUGAAAGCUACUCAAGAAAAUUAUUGGAGCAGAAACCUGAACUUACUCCUGACACAGCUUUGAAAGCUGCAAAAAAUUACUACAGAACUUUGAAAGAGCAACAACAACAGCUGAAGCAGCAACAAAUACAACAGCAAAGGAUGCAAUCACAGGAAGAGUCCAACCAAGUACAGCCACAGCCACAAUCUCAAUCUCAAACAGUGCCCCAAACUCAGAACGCAUCCCCAUCACAAGCCACCCCAUCUGGUCUUUUAAACAUCAAUUCUGCCACAAAAAUAAAAUCGCCAACACCACAGGAGAUUUUACAAAGAUUCCAAAAGUAA